CCUUUCCCUUUGCACGGGUGGGUAUUAUUAUUGCCCGCAGCAGGCAUAAUGGGCUCAAUUACAGAGGCAAUAGGAAAGCGCACAGAGCUGUCUCAUGAUGGAAGGGAUGUAGCCAUCACAUUGGCCGUGUGCCUUUUCCUGGCAACGCUUACCACGGGACUCCGCUUUUGGUUGUCCAGAAGGCGGAGGCCGUUGUUUUCCAUGCCAGAAUCCAUGACGCUCGCGUCCUUGCUCUUAUUCUACUCCUACGCCGUGGCGACCUACUUGAUUCUGACAAUCGGGCACGGUGGCUACCCAACGUCUCAGACACAGAGCUGGCGGCUUACUUUCACCCUCAAGUGUGUCUACUAUCUCCGGUUGGCUUACGGCACAGGACUGGGCUUGGUGAAAUGCAGUAUCUUGAUGGCCCUGUUCAGAUCCCUUGCUGCUUCAUCCAAGGCCGCUCGAUAUGCUAUCCUGGUCAUCAUGGCACUCUGCAUAUCCUGGAGCCUGAUGGCCACCCUCUUAAGCCUCUUGAACUGUCGCCCAUUGAGCUACAACUGGAACCUGCAACGUCCAGAAGACCACUGCAUCAAUCGAAAUGCUGCCUUUAUGGCAGUGAGCAUCAUUGACGUUGUGACAAACGCCGCUAUUCUGGUUUUGCCGCUCCCUAGGGUUAUAAGAACAAAGAUUACCCGACCGGAGAAGCUAGUCAUGGCCAGUCUUCUGGUUUUGGGACUAUUUGUUGUUGCCAUUACCGCGGUCCGUACGGUCACCAUCGCCAAAACGGACUUUUCUGCCAUUUAUGACAAUGGCAAGAUGAUCAUCAUCUGGACAACGGUGGAGUGGACAGUGGCGCUCAUGAUAGCCAAUUCUCCUGUCUUGUGGCCUUUGCUUGACUGGCUCGCUCCUUUCCAUUCUAUGGAGAAUGCUAAAUCACCCCUUGUGGAUACCAAUAUGGCUGCAGGUGAGCAAUUUGACUACAUUAUUGUCGGUGGUGGUACAGCCGGCUGUGUCCUAGCCUCACGGCUGAAGCAAUACAACUCCUCUUUGUCGGUCUUGCUUGUCGAAGCGGGGCCCGAUGCCAGCAAUCACCCCCUCGUACCAGACGGAAGUAAAGCCACUCAGUUACUUGGAUCAGAGCUUGAUUGGACAUACGAGACAGUGCCGCAGAAGCAUCUUCAUGACCGCGUACUCUCAAACCAUGCAGGAAAAGCUCUAGGUGGUAGUACCACAAUUAACAGCGGCGGAUGGAUGCGAGGUGCAAAAGAAGAUUAUGACCUCUGGGCCAGCUUGGUCGGUGACUCUCGAUGGAGCUACCACGGUCUCCUUCCUUACUUCCGGAAGCUUGAGCAUCACUUCGAUCCCUUUGCCGACCCCGAAGUUCACGGGUUUGAAGGUCCUAUCAAAACCGAGUCCGUGUCCUCUACAGGCCGCAGAUACCCUCUUCGUCAAUUGGUGCAAGAGGUUUGGAAUUCCGUCGGUGUAACAUUUAACUCCAACAUCAAUUCCGGCAGUCCUUACGGGCUGGUUGAGGUUGUCGAGAAUCGCGACCACGGGAUGAGACAAAUGUCGAGCUCCGUUUAUCCGCUAGACGUGGAGGUCAUGACUGAAACCCUGGUCAAGCGAGUGCUGGUGGAGGAACGCGAUGACCAAAAGGUUGCAAUAGGUGUAGUGUUGGAGGAUAAGAACGAAAGCCAGAUUAUUGCACGUCAAGAGGUGAUCAUAUCUGCAGGUGCAUAUCGUACCCCUCAGCUCAUGAUGCUUUCGGGGAUUGGUCCAGCGGAGGAAUUGCGAGCCUAUGGGAUCGAUGUUGUUCUCGAUCUUCCGGAUGUAGGCCGUCACUUUGCGGACCAUGUAGCAGUCUCUCAAUGGUGGCAGUUGAAGCACCCGGAGAAGGGGCUAACAAUCGGAUCACCCACCUUCACCGACCCAGCUUUCUUCCGAGGAAAUCCCAUUGACUUUGUGGCCUUGGAUUCAGUGCCCCUCGAUGGCCUUCGUCAAGCGUUGGUCAAGGACGACCCCAAUUCUAACCCGGAUGAGCAUCCACUCAUUGCCUCCCAGCGUGUGCAUGUAGAAACAUUCACAGUAUAUGCGGCAGGAAACGCUCAGAACCCUACAAUUGCAACAGAUGGCACACAUAUCACGACCGGCGUAUCCUGUAUGCUUCCUACCUCUCGGGGCAGUAUCAAGCUGGCAGAUCGAGACGUCCGAAGCGCGCCUCGUAUCGAUCCUAAUUACUGUGCUACCGAGGCUGAUCGAUAUGUCCUGCGUGAGGGGCUUCGGAAAUUGCGAAAAGCCUUACGCGACACUUCAGCGGGUCAAGAAAUGAUUGAAUCAGAAACUGUCGAAGAAAACUAUGAACCUUUAGGUCCUGAAACCGAUGAUGAAGCUCUUGAUGAUCUCAUCCGCCGUCGAGCUGCGACACUGUAUCAUCCUACUGGCGGUGCAUGCAUGGGCAAAGUGGUUGAUGGUGAUCUACGCGUCAAAGGGAUCGAUGGGUUGCGAGUUGUCGACGCGAGCGUAAUCCCGACUCCAUUAAGCACACACAUACAGGCAUGUGUGUACGCGUUGGCUGAACAGGCGGCGGAUAUUAUUUCUGGUGUUUGUAGUGUUUAGUGCUUGCUAUUGACACAUAGCAGACACAUGGGAAUGGUGGACCAGUUG